UUUCUUUUCUUUUUUAAAACCCUUACCUUCUGUCUUACAAACAAUACCAAGUAUCAGUUCAGAGGUAGAAGAGCAGAUAAGAGCUAGGCAAUAGGGAUUAAGUGACUUGCCUAGGGUCACCCAGCUAGGAAGUCUCUGAGAACAAAUUUGAGCUCACAACCUCCUGUCUCUAGGUCUGGCUUUCAAUACAUAGACCCCCUCCCCACCCCCACCCUCACCCCCACCCCUAUUCCCACAGCUGCCAUAAAACAUUAUUUCUUUAUCUCAUCCUUUUUAAAAGGUAAGUUUUGGAGCAUAAAAAGUGCACUAGUGCAUGUGAAUAAUUACAACUAAAUACACAUAUAUUGAAGGUACAUGUUCAAAAAGUUUUUGCUAAGAGGGAUAUGUGAUAAAAAAUAAUUCUGAUCUAAAAGGAGAGAUUAACUGCUUUUCAGGUUCACAAAGGUAGCACGGAAAGCACUUGAACACAGAUCUUUUUGCCCCCCCCCCCCCCCCGAAGAUGGCAAUAUAUCCGUUUUGCCACACGUAAUCCUCCUGGAACCUUUUCAGCACGUAAUGUUAGUGUUCAUUUGACUCCAAGUUCAGCUUCCAGCCUGAUUUAGGGCCUAUAAACCGACUACAGAUCCCAAGAUGCAAUACGCCCACGGAGGUCUGACGGGAAGCCUCCUUUCCAAGGACAAGUGACGUCCCUACGUAAAGGCCUUCUCACGUCUUGUUCUCAGCUCCCACCUUGGCAGCCAUUUUGUGCAGGAGGUUAUAGAACCCCCGGGGUCCUUCUGACUCUAUGGUCGUAGCAUUUCGAAGGCUCCACCAAUCGGAAGCUGAGUCCUAGAGGACCGCAGAGAGGCGGGACUCGCUGGAAGGAUCCAAUAAAGGGCGUAGAAGACGCCCGGCGAGGAACCAAUGGGUACACCGUGUCGGUUGACGGCUCCCCGUGGAGAAGGGGUGGGCUGCAGCAGCAACCAAUGAGAGCGGAGGGACCCCGGGACACGUGGGCGGGGGAGAGAGAUUGUGGGGCAGAGGAGCUCUGAAGCCCCGAGUAUAUAGAGCAGAAUGCAGACCACGGGGGCUCUCCUCAUUUCUCCAGCCCUGAUCCGAUGCUGUACCAGGGGUGUGAUCAGGCCUUUAUCUGCAUCUGUCCUGAAUAGAUCAGAGAUCCAUUUGGAACAGCCUACUUCUAGCAGUUCCCCACUGCAGGUGGCCCGUCGGGAGUUUCAGACCAGUGCUAUUUCCCGAGAUGUUGACACAGCUGCCAAGUUCAUUGGGGCUGGGGCUGCCACAGUUGGGGUGGCUGGCUCAGGGGCAGGUAUCGGGACAGUGUUUGGCAGUUUAAUCAUCGGCUAUGCCAGGAACCCAUCCCUCAAGCAGCAGCUCUUCUCCUACGCCAUCCUGGGCUUCGCCCUGUCCGAAGCCAUGGGGCUCUUCUGUUUGAUGGUAGCCUUCCUCAUCCUGUUCGCCUUAUGAGGUUCUGUGGAAGGUCUCCUGCCUCCAUUCUGCUGCUUUGAGUCCAGCCCUGAGCCCCUUGCUGGAGUGUGCUGAGCUUUAACAUUAAACACCGUGUUUCUCUAAA